UUGUUUGGUGAUCGGAGCCAAUAGAAAUCCUGCGGUUUGAUAAGAUCCACAUGCGGGUGGACGGAGAAGAGCCAGAAACAAGAGUUCAAACCCAGCAGGCAGACACACAUUCACAUCCAGAGUGAGAGAGGAGGAGGAAGAAGAAGAAGAGUGACUCAGACAGACAGACCGACCAGUUUCCAGCGCUGAGCAGAACAGAAAACCAACUCCGCUAACUCCUGGACACUGCAGAGCGACAAGAGCCAAGACUUCAAGUCUGGAGACGCAUCUUCACACACCUCCGUCCAUGGGCAUCAGCGCAGCUUUAUCUCCACGAUCCUCACACAGACACACUCCAUACCUCUCACCCUGACCGCCUCUGGAAUACACACACUGAGCUGGACCGUUCAGACGAGAGGAUGUGUUGUAAGCUGCUGCUGUGGGUCCUGCUGGCCGCUGUGCUGUGCGCCGUGUCCGAGUCCCGAAAGAACCGCCCUCAGGGCUCCAUCCCCUCGCCGUACAAAACCAGCUCCAACACCUCGGACCGCCGCGGGCGCAAACAAGAAGUGCUGGCCUCUAGCCAGGAAGCUCUGGUGGUGACGGAGCGGAAGUACCUGAAGAGCGACUGGUGCAAGACGCAGCCCCUGCGGCAGACCAUAAGCCAUGAGGGCUGCCAGAGCCGCACCAUCAUUAACCGCUUCUGCUAUGGCCAGUGCAACUCCUUUUACAUCCCACGCCACGUCAAAAAGGAGCAGGAGAGCUUCCAGUCCUGCGCCUUCUGCCGGCCUCACCGGUUUACCACACUCACGGUGGAGCUGGACUGCCCUGACCUGCAGCCUCCAUUCAGGCACCGAAAGAUCCAGCGUGUCAAGCAGUGCCGGUGUAUUUCUGUUAGUGUGGCUGAAUCUGGCAAGCAAUGAGACUUCAAACACAAUAUACAUUAUAUGAUCAUUUGAUUUCUAGAUUUUGAUACUUCAUAUAGGCAGUGAUUCCAGAGCUGCUAAUCUAUUUUGAGACCACAUCAUAGAACUUGACAUACCC